AGAAGAAUCCGAAUAAAACCACUAAAAUCAAGGAGCAAUUGUAGUGAUUCCAACUCCCAUCCACCUCAUAACUAACUGCCCUAUCAUCAUACUCAACACUCUCCUAAACUCAGUCCACCAUCAUCUCCUCCCCUCUUCUCAUCUCUUCUCAUCUCAUCUCCCAUGGCGGCGCCGGACAAAUCCGACGCACAUGCAUACAAAAACACCGACAAUGACGAGGAAGUCUCCCCCGUCGAACAAGUCCGACUCACUGUCUCCAACGUUGACGAUCCCACGUUGCCGGUCUGGACAUUUCGCAUGUGGUUCCUCGGAAUCAUCUCGUGCUGUUUAUUAUCGUUUUUGAACACGUUUUUUAGUUACCGGACCGAGCCGUUGCUGAUUUCGAUGAUUUCGGUGCAAGUGGCGACGCUGCCGAUAGGGAAGCUGAUGGCGAGAGUGUUGCCGAGGAGAAAGUUUCGGGUUUUCGGGUUUGGGUCCGCGGAGUUUUCGCUGAACCCGGGCCCGUUUAAUACGAAGGAGCAUGUGUUGAUAUCGAUUUUCGCGAAUGCGGGGUCGGCGUUUGGGAAUGGGGCGGCGUAUGCGGUGGAUAUUGUGAGUAUUGUGAAGGUGUUUUAUCGGAGGAAGAUAUCGUUUUUGGCGAGCUGGAUUCUGGUGAUCACGACUCAGGUACUAGGAUAUGGCUGGGCAGGGAUUCUGAGGAAGUAUGUUGUGGAUCCAGCGCACAUGUGGUGGCCAGCCAGUCUGGUUCAAGUAUCUCUUUUUAGAGCUCUCCAUGAGAAAGAUAAUCAACGAUUGUCCCGAGGCAAAUUCUUUGUUAUUGCCCUAGUUUGUAGCUUCUCCUGGUAUGUCUUCCCAGGCUACCUCUUUUCCACAUUGAGCAACAUUUCCUUGCUCUGUUGGGCCCUCCCCAAGUCCGUGACAGCCCAACAACUCGGAUCAGGCAUGAAAGGACUAGGAUUUGCCUCCUUCACACUAGAUUGGUCUGUUGUAGCCUCAUUUCUAGGCAGUCCUCUUAUUACUCCAUUUUUCGCCAUUGUCAAUGUAUUGGUUGGAUACGUGAUUAUCCUCUUUAUUAUAACUCCAGUAUCAUAUUGGGGAUUGAAUUUGUACAAGGCCAAAAAUUUCCCCUUCUUCUCGUCACAUUUAUUUACCUCUCGGGGCCAGGCGUAUAAUGUUAGUGCAAUUGUUAAUAAUAACUUUGAGCUAGAUAUACCAGCAUACAAUAAGCAGGGACCUAUAUAUCUCAGCACCUUCUUUGCUGUUACCUAUGGAUGUGGUUUUGCUGCUGUUAUCUCUACUCUAUCUCAUGUGGCCUUGUUUAAUGGAAGCGAGAUAAUUAGCCAGUUUAAAGCUGCACAAACAGGAAAGGAAGACAUACACACAAAACUAAUGAAGAAGUAUAAAGACAUCCCAAACUGGUGGUUUCACACCAUGCUGGCAGCGGCUAUUGUUCUAUCCCUAGUCCUCUGCAUUUUUAUGAACGAUCAGGUCCAAUUGCCAUGGUGGGGACUCCUCUUUGCUGCUGGCCUUGCUUCAGUAUUUACCCUUCCUAUUAGUGUCAUAACAGCUACCACAAACCAGACACCAGGACUAAACAUCAUCACAGAGUAUUUGAUGGGGAUCAUUUAUCCUGGAAGACCAGUUGCGAAUGUGUGCUUCAAAACUUAUGGUUACAUUAGCAUGACUCAGGCAGUUUCCUUUCUAAAUGAUUUCAAGUUGGGCCAUUACAUGAAGAUUCCACCAAGAUCGAUGUUCAUAGUUCAGUUUAUCGGAACAAUACUGGCGGGAACAAUAAACAUUGGUGUCGCCUGGUGGCUCUUAAAUACCAUCCCCGACAUAUGCCAGGAUCAAAUACUGCCACAUAACAGUCCGUGGACGUGCCCUAAUGACAGAGUCUUCUUUGAUGCAUCGGUGAUCUGGGGACUCGUGGGUCCAAUACGAAUCUUUGGUCCACUUGGAAAUUACUCUAAGCUUAACUGGUUCUUCCUAUUAGGUGGUUUAGGUCCUCUACUAGUAUGGCUGCUGCACAAAGCCUUUCCGAAUCAGAAGUGGAUAAGACUGAUAAACCUUCCUGUUGUAUUUGGAGCGACAGCUAUGAUGCCUCCAGCGUCAAGCUUGAAUUUCAACAGCUGGAUUUUCCUGGGAAUACUGUUCAAUUUCUUUGUUUUCAGAUACAGGAAAACGUGGUGGAAGCGGUACAAUUAUGUUCUUUCUGCAGCACUGGACGCAGGAUUAGCGUUCAUGGGGGUGCUUCUCUACUUCACUUUGAGUAUGGAAAACAUAGGCAUAUCAUGGUGGGGAUCUGAUGGCGAGCACUGUGCUCUGGCUUCAUGUCCAACCGCAAAGGGUAUUGCAGUUGAUGGAUGUCCAUUGUAUUCUUGAAUUUGGUUCUCAUAGUUAUUCCAAAUCAGGUGGAACUUGAUUAGUUUACUUAUGUUAGUCCCAAGUGUCUGAACUCAUUCUGUACUUAAAUAAAUUAAGAAUGCAGGCUUAUUAAAUUUUGCACAGAAUGUUAUUUUCAUUGCAAGAUGACUACCUGCAGGGCGAUCCAUUAAAAACUCCGCUACCCAAAAG